GGUUGUUCUGUUUUUGCUUUUCUAUUUUCUAUCCUUUCCCCUUCACUUGACUCCCCUCCUGCCUCCGCAUGAUACGUGCGCGCUUGGCCAGAGUGGACUGUUGAGGGUGGAUACCUUUCGGUCACCCAGCGCCACCUCGCAUUUCUGGCCCCAUGGCGCAACUCCACCCACCGGUCAUGCGAGUGCGCUCAAUUUUUUUUGUUUUUGUCUUUGUAAUUGAGUAAUUGGAUGCGUGAUGAUUGGCUGAUGUAUACUCUCCUUUCUUCUCUUCACAUCUCCCUCGGUCUAUGGACUCGGUUGGUUGAUUGGUCAUAUUCGCUGAUUGGGGCGUUUAAUUCAACGCACCACACGAUUUAUUUCCAUGCUUAUGAAAACCUUAAUCAUUGGCUUUGCUUCCUGGACAACUCAAUCGUUUCAUUUCAUUGGCUUAACCGAUUGAUCGCUUGGUUGAACCACACCCAACUCGAUGCGUUGGUGGCAUGUGGGGGGGUUGGUGUCUUCGUUUUUUUUCCGUGCAAUGCGAUUGGUCAUGACGGCAUGGACAUUCUAACCCGGUUCCCGAUGCGUCCUCUCUCUCCUUUUCGUUAUCGCACCUCCGUUUGCUUUCUGACGCACUGACACCUCGUUGGGCUGAACCGGGGACUCGCAACCGCAAUCUUUUGGGAAUGACAUUGGGGGGUUGUGAUGCAAAAGUGGCCGCUCACGAUCAUCGAUCGUAUAUUCCUUCGUCAGCGUUUCCGCCAUCAUCUUUGGGUGAAGGGGGGGAAGACCGGCCAUUGUCUUUAAUCCCCCCUGCAUCAUCGUUGCCGAAGAAGGGGCUGAAGGAGCGGCGGAUGAAGGUGGCGAAAUUCGGUGCGGUGUUGCAAAGUCCAGAACCUCUCGAAAGAUCGAUAUCCUCUACAGUACCUCAUAACCCUUCUACACCUGGCGGUGAUGACGAAGAUGCUACUUCAUCCCUCAUCGUGUCCAAUUCGAUUUCCACAUUACCUAAUUCGAGCAUGAUUAACUCGUUGAGUUCAAUGCCGCUGACAUCAUCGCCUUCAUCUUCGUUCAAGACUCCGUCGGCACCUUCGCCUGCACCCAUGCCGACAUCAUCAACAAC